AUGGCGCAGGGAACCGUGAAGGAGACUAUUCGGUUCAUGAGGUAUGAUAGUGGUCAUCAAAUGUUCAUUGAACAAGAAAUCAAACGACUCGUUGGAGUUGGUUCACGGAUUGCAACAUUGAUCGACGUUGGAGGAUCUUAUGAGCGACGCCGAAUCUAUGCAGUCAAGCUAAGUUCUGGUUCUGGCAAGAAGACUUUGUUUAUGAACUGUGGUAUUCAUGCCCGCGAGUGGAUUACCCCAGCAACGUGCAUGUAUAUGCUAAGAGAGAUUAUUACAAAAUAUGGUUCAGACUCGAGUAUCAACGCCAUACUUAACAAACUGGACGUGAUAAUCAUGCCUGUGCUAAACGUUGAUGGAUAUACCUACACGUGGAAUGGUGGUCGUGCUAGAAUGUGGAGGAAGACAAGAUCACCUCAAGUAGGAGGCUGUGUGGGUGCUGAUCCGAACAGAAACUACAAUGCCAAAUGGGGAGGAGCUGGAACUAGCAGCAAUCCUUGUAGAGACACCUAUCCCGGUACCAGGCCCUUCUCGGAGAUAGAAACUCGUAACGUGGCUCACUUUCUGUACAAUAUCAGAUCGAGUCUAGUAGGGUACCUCGAUAUUCAUGCUUAUAGUCAAUUCUGGAUGACACCCUAUGGACACGCUAGAGGUGCCUACCCACCGACAUACAGCGAAAUGAUGCGUGUCGCCAGUAUUGCCACCAGUGCGUUGAAGAGAUUCUAUGGUACUUCCUACAGACAUGGGUCUGUAGCUGAUAUCAUUUACUCUGCUACUGGAGGAACAAUAGACUGGGCAGCUGCCACUCUUGGAGUGAAAUAUUCAUACGGACUGGAGUUGCGUGAUCAAGGUCGAUAUGGUUUUUUAUUGCCCGCCAAUCAAAUUAAACCAACCGGAGAGGAAACGUUUGGUGCUAUAAAAGCAAUGAUUAGAGAGAUGAGAAUCUAAAACGCAAUAAAGAUAAU